AUGCGGCAAGUAUUCUCAUCGGAUGCAUGUGAGAAGCUAUCGCGGUUACACGAAUUGAUAACAACAAUAGCUCAACGAACGAAACGUGGUUUACACGAUGUUUGGUUACCAGCAGUUGCAUUGUUAAACAGUCUCUAUUCAAAUGAAAAUUCGUUGUCAAAAGAUGAAUCAAAUAAUCAGAAGACUGUUAAACCUGUUGAUGGGCCAAUGUCGAUUGAUUAUAUAAAUCACAUGUUAGAAGCACGAAAAGUCAAAAAGUAUCCAUAUCCAAGUGAUAUUGAUCCUGUUGCUAUGGUUCUAGCAAAAUCCUAUCGAAAUCAGGGAACAAAAGCAUCUUUGUCACAUUUAUCAAACGAAGAUGUGUCAUUUAAAACGUAUUUGAAACAAGGAAAAAGUAUUGAGAAUGUUUUACGAAGGAUCAAAUCCAAAUUACAUGCUCGUCUAAUUGAUAAUGUCAUUGAUUUUAUUCGUCAAAAUCAUAAAUGUUUUGAACAUAUUCCCACUGCAACUCUAGUAAUGGGCACAAAUAUAUCUGAUCAUAUCCAAUUAUUCUAUGAACUGAAUGAUCAAAUACAUUUAGAGUUCAACAAUGUAUUGGUCACGUUAAAUGAAGCAGAUUGUGUUUCAGUGGGGAAAAUUUUAACCACAACGAAAUGUGCUUUGAAUAAGGUAAUUAGAUAAAAAGACCAUUUUCUUCUUUGCUCUUCAUUUUUUGAUUCUUGUAGUUUUAUCCAGACGAUGAAAAC